AUCAUGUGGUAGUAUUAUUAGCGUCGGCUUGUCGCCUUCGACCUCUUGUGCCCUAGACAAAUAGUACUAACUGCGAGAGAGAGAAAACACCACCAGAAGUUUGCCGCCUAAUUUAACUACUACUCUGAACUUCUCCUACCUCUGCCAACUCCAACACGGGAAGAGAGAGAAAGCUCAAACCAGUAGCUUAGAGAGAGAAAGUUGCCAUCACCUCCACGCGUAAUCCUUCUAUUUUCGCACAGUUAGACAAGUAUGAGGAAGAAGGUGGACGAGCGCAUCCGAACUCUCAUCGAAAAUGGCGUCAAAACCAGACACCGCUCCAUCUUCGUCAUCAUCGGCGACAAAUCUCGUGACCAGAUUGUGAAUCUUCAUUACAUGCUUAGCAAAGCGGUGGUCAAGUCGAGGCCAACUGCUCUGUGGUGCUACAAGGACAAACUUGAACUUAGCAGUCACAAGAAAAAACGCUCAAAGCAAAUCAAAAAGUUAAUGCAGAGGGGUCUGCUGGAUCCUGAGAAGGUUGAUCCUUUUUCACUAUUUGUUGAAACCGGAGGACUAACAUACUGCAUGUACAAAGAUUCGGAGCGAAUUCUUGGAAAUACUUUUGGCAUGUGCAUACUGCAGGAUUUUGAGGCUUUGACACCAAAUCUCCUAGCAAGAACUAUUGAAACAGUGGAGGGGGGUGGACUAAUUAUACUGCUGCUUCGUUCUCUAUCUUCACUCACAAGUCUAUGCACGAUGGUUAUGGAUGUUCACGAGAGGUUUCGUACCGAAUCUCAUUCAGAGGCUACUGGACGCUUCAAUGAACGUUUCUUAUUAUCGCUUGCAUCAUGUAAAUCAUGUGUAGUAAUGGACGAUGAGCUGAAUAUCUUACCAAUUUCUUCUCAUAUGAAGUCAAUUAAACCAGUUUCAGUUGAAGAGGACUCUGAGGGGUUGUCAGAAGCAGAACGGGAACUAAAGAACUUGAAAGAGCAACUGAAUGACGAUUUUCCUGUUGGUCCUUUAAUGAGAAAGUGUUGCACACUGGAUCAGGGAAAAGCAGUCAUUACAUUUCUUGAUGCAAUUUUGGAUAAAACACUUAGAGGCACAGUUGCUUUGCUUGCUGCUCGUGGCCGUGGCAAGUCAGCCGCGCUGGGUUUAGCAAUUGCUGGAGCUAUAGCUGCAGGGUAUUCUAAUAUAUACGUAACUGCACCUAGCCCUGAGAACUUGAAAACUUUGUUCGAAUUCGUAUGCAAGGGUUUUGAUUCACUUGAAUUCAAGGAACACUUGGACUACGAUGUGGUGAGAAGUUCCAAUCCAGAGUUUAAGAAAGCAACCGUGCGGAUUAAUAUUUACAAGCAACACAGGCAAACAAUUCAGUAUAUACAGCCUCAUGAGCAUGAAAAGCUGUCCCAGGUGGAACUGUUGGUUGUUGAUGAAGCAGCAGCAAUUCCAUUGCCAGUUGUGAAGUCUUUGCUUGGCCCCUAUCUGGUCUUCUUGUCAUCUACUGUUAAUGGCUAUGAAGGUACUGGCCGGUCUUUAUCGUUAAAACUCCUGCAGCAAUUGGAGGAGCAAAGUGCAACGUCUACCAAAAGUGUGGAGGGCUCCAUCUCUGGUCGUCUUUUCAAGAAGAUAGAAUUGAGUGAGUCUAUCAGAUAUGCAUCAGGCGAUCCGAUCGAAUCCUGGCUUCAUGCUUUACUUUGUUUGGAUGUUGCAAAUUCCAUUCCUAAUAUCAGCAGGCUGCCUCCACCUAGUGAGUGUGAUCUCUACUAUGUUAAUCGGGAUACACUUUUCUCCUACCACAGAGAUAGUGAGUUAUUUUUGCAGCGUAUGAUGGCCCUAUAUGUUGCUUCUCACUACAAAAAUUCUCCAAAUGAUCUGCAACUAAUGGCUGAUGCACCAGCACAUCAUUUGUUUGUGUUACUUGGCCCCGUUGAUGAGUCCCAAAAUCACCUCCCUGAUAUUCUCUGUGUUAUCCAGGUCUGUCUUGAGGGGCAAAUUUCUCGCAAAUCUGCCAUGAAAAGUUUAACUGAAGGUCAUCAGCCCUUUGGAGACCAAAUAGCAUGGAAAUUUUGUGAACAGUUUCGGGACACAGUGUUUCCUAGUCUUUCAGGUGCUCGUAUUGUACGCAUUGCGACUCAUCCUAGUGCAAUGAGGCUUGGAUAUGGUUCAACUGCGGUGGAACUUUUGACAAGGUACUUUGAAGGACACUUGACUACCAUCUCUGAAGUAGAUGUUGACAAUGCUCUGGAAUCUCCUCAUGUUAGAGUGACGGAAGCAGCUGAGAAGGUUUCCUUGCUAGAAGAGAAUAUUAAACCUAGGACAGACCUGCCACCUCUGCUAGUACAUCUUCGUGAACGACGGCCUGAAAGGCUACAUUACCUUGGUGUCUCAUUUGGGCUUACUAUGGACCUUUUCCGCUUUUGGAGGAAGCAUAAAUUUGCUCCGUUCUACAUUUGCCAGAUUCCAAGCACUGUGACCGGUGAGCAUACAUGCAUGGUUCUGAAACCAUUGAACAAUGAGGAUGUUGAAUCCAGUGGUUUGGACCAAUGGGGCUUCUUCAGUCCUUUCUACCAAGAUUUUAGGGAGAGAUUUAGAGGACUAUUGGAUUCUAGCUUCCGUGCAAUGGAAUACAAGCUUGCUAUGAGUGUGUUGGAUCCAAAGAUCAACUUCACAGAUCUAGAGCCUGCAUUGCCUACCAUUUCAGAUAGAUUCUUGAAAUCACUUGAUGGGAUUUUGACACCUUUCGAUAUGAAGCGGCUGGAAGCAUAUAUAAACAAUCUUGCAGAUUAUCGUAUGAUUUGGGAUCUUGUACCGAAACUCGCAAAUCCAUAUUUUAGGGAAAAAUUUCCUGUCACGCUGUCAUAUGCCCAGGCCUCGGUCUUACUUUGUACUGGUUUGCAGAGGCAAGACAUCUCUUACGUGGAGGGAGAGAUGAAGUUGGAAAGGCAGCAGAUAUUGUCAUUGUUCAUAAAAGUAAUGAAGAAGCUUUACAGAUACCUAUAUGAUAUUGCAUCCAAGGAGAUUGAUUCUAUCCCUUCUCGACUGAGACAAAUUGUGUUGGAACCUCAUGCUAUUUCCGUGGACGAGGAUCUUAAUGAAGCAGCAGAGCAAGUAAAGGAGGGGAUGAAAGCCAAGAUGAUGGAAAGUUCGUUAAAUCCAGAGUUACUCCAACAAUAUGCCAUUGCGGACAGAGAAGCUGAUUUCGAAAAGGCUCUGCGAAAUGGAGGCGGGAAGGUCCCCUCUGGUGGUCUGAUAAGUGUGAAAACCAAUAGAAAUAAAGCAGAAAAGCUUGGAAAACAGAAAGAGAGCCAUAAGAGUGGGAAGAAAAGUAACACGGAAGAUGGCAGUUCCAAAUCGAAUAAGAAGAGGAAAUUCUGACCAUUUGAGAAGAGAAUCUGAGAAUUUGUUAUGCGCUCUGGUAGGAGAUUUGACUAGCGUUACAAUCAUUUUUUAGGCUAUGUAAGUUACUGUUUUGUUUCCCCCUAAAUUUUGGUGCAUCAGUUGUUACAUUUCCAUUUUUUUGGCACUAAUUUUUUGUAUUCUGAGCUCUUAUAUUUUUGGUUCUAUACGUAGGCUGUUAACUUCAUUCCGAAAA